UAAAAGAAUAACUAGAGUAUGAGCGACGAUGGAAGGCAGCGUUCAGUUCAGUGAAAUUCAGCAUUUUUACAAAAAUUCCACGGUUUUCCUAACCGGGGCUACCGGAUUCGUGGGGAAACUUGUAUUGGAGAAACUUUUGAGGCAGUGCCAUGUGAAACACGUCUAUCUACUCAUCAGGGAAAAAGAUGGAGUCGACGCUGAAACUAGAUGCGCCAACAUCUUCGAUGGGACAGCCUUCGAUCCCUUGCGAAGAAUUGACCCGGAGUUCUUCAAGAAGGUAUCCCUAAUCGCGGGAGACUGCGAAAAACCAGAUUUGGGUCUAAGCGAGCUGGACAAGGCCUCGUUGAUCAAGGAAGUCGAAUUUAUUUUCCACUGCGCAGCCAAUACCAAGUUGGAUGCGACCUUAAGAGAAGCCACUAAUAUCAAUGUUAGGGCGACAAGAGACUUGUUGAAUAUAGCAAAAGAAGCGGAAAACCUUAAGAGAAUAUUCAAGCGGUUCGUAAUUCAUUGGAAGAGAGUCCACGAAGAUCCGUUCGACGACGAAGCUUAA